GGCUUUUCAUGCUUCUCCAACAAGAAUUCGACAUCAGGUUGGCCGUUGGCCUCACACCCCUAACUGAAUUUAAUCAUGCUCUUCCUUACACUACUUAUUCUUAAGCUCACAAUGCAUUCAUCUCUGUGUGACAAGAGCUAGCAGAGCAAAUAAUUUCAUUUCUCUGCAAACAUUCUCAACACUCACUGAACCUGUUGUCCAAUUUUCAUUUCAAAAUGGUACUUCCCUCCCCUGCCAAAAUACUCAUUGGCCUCUCCUUAGACCCAGAGGACAGCAAGGAGCUUCUCUCAUGGGCAAUUAGAGUUCUUGCCAAUCCAAAUGACACCAUUGUGGCUGUGCAUGUUCUCGUUAUUGCGGAUAAGAAGAAGCGAGUCUCCGUCAGAAAAAGGCAAUCACAACUUAGACAAGCAAAAGCAUAUGUUAUAUCUGUGCUUGGAGAAUUUGCACAGACCUGUUGGUCUAAGCAGGUUAAUUUGGAGGCAAGGGUGGCACUCAAUUCCACAGUUGGUGAAGGUUUAGUGGAAGAAACCAAGUCCAUCAACGCGGACUUUCUUCUUAUUCGUGGUUCAAGAAACCAAACUAAUAAAAAUGGGAGUUCUAAAGGAAUUGCCAGGUAUUGCUUUGAGCAUGCACAUGAAGGGUGCACAAUGGUCUCAGUCGGAAGACGUGGUAAGGCAGAUCAAAGUGUCGAACAAAACUCAACUCAUUGUCAAGUAGAUAACAGACAACCAAAUUCAAGACGGUUUAAGAAGGAAAAGCAAUGUGAUAAGGGUGCCUCCCCUGUUCUGGAGGAUUAUUUAUCAGGAAUCAAGGCUCAGAACCGCUCACCAAGAACAGUACUAAAUGGUCUAGAGGGACAAUCAAACAGCACAGAAGAUGAUACCUUUAGCACUAGGGUCUCAAGCACCACUUAUACCCCAUCCUUGGAUUCUAAGAUUAAGAGCCGAUCCAAGAUUAAACCACAGUUCUCAUUUAGGUUCAUAGUCUCAUUCCUUGCUUCACCAUUUAGAAGGAAAAACUUUAAUAUUUAUAGAAGUGAAAAGCGUCAGCCUUUGUUGAAGUGCUUCAGCUAUGAACAAAUAUCCAAUGCUACCAACGACUUCCACCAAGAUAAUUUGGUUGGACGAGGUGGGUAUUCGGAAGUAUACAAAGGUGAUCUUUCAGAUGGACGAACCAUUGCUGUGAAGAGGUUGGCCAAGGACAACAAGGAUCCUAACAAGGAAAAAGAGUUCCUUAUGGAAUUGGGUGUUAUUGGACAUGUCUGUCAUCCAAAUACCGCAACUUUAGUGGGCUGCUGCAUUGAAAAUGGGCUAUAUCUGAUUUUCAAUUACUCUCAAAAUGGAAAUUUAGCAACUUCAUUGCAUGGCAAAGGAGGAGAUUCACUUGACUGGCCAAUCAGGUACAAAAUUGCCAUUGGUGUUGCAAGGGGUCUCCAUUAUCUUCAUAAAUGUUGCAAACACCGGAUAAUUCACCGUGACAUUAAAGCCUCUAAUGUUCUUCUUGGUCCUGACUAUGAACCACAGAUUGCUGAUUUUGGGCUUGCAAAGUGGCUUCCUAACAAGUGGACUCACCAUGCUGUGAUCCCCGUAGAGGGCACAUUUGGAUACUUAGCGCCAGAGUACUUUAUGCAUGGAAUCGUGGAUGAGAAAACAGAUGUUUUUGCAUUUGGAAUUCUACUUUUGGAGAUUGUAACUGGACGGAGACCUGUUGAUUCAUCAAAACAGAACCUUCUCUUAUGGGCAAAGCCUCUGAUGGAAUCAGGGAACAUUGUUGAUCUUGCUGAUCCAAGAAUGGAAGGUAAAUAUGAUGGAGAACAACUGUACAGGGUAGUGCUGGCGGCUUCAUACUGUGUGAGACAAACUGCCACGUGGCGUCCCCCAAUGAGUGAGGUGCUGGAGCUGUUAACCAGUGGAGAAGACAGUGAGGUUGGAAAAAGCUGGAGGAUCCCAAAGUUCACCUCUGAUGAAUUGGAUGAUUACUCUAUGGUUUUCGGAUAUGAUGUACCCUCAGACCUAUCUUUGGAGGAUUAUUUGUGAGAAUGAAAUGUACGCUUUAGUUUCAAUUUUCUUUCCAUCAUACACUAUAUUUUAGGUUUCUGGUUGUAGGAGUCAAGUAAAGGUUGGUUUUUUAUUUGUUUAAUUUAUCAUACGAUUAUUUUCUUUAGUUUGUUUUUUGUACCCCUUAGUCCAGUUUGAAUUGGCUGAGAAAUAUAUUUUUUGGGGGGUUUGAAUAGAGGAGGGAGGCGUAAGAAUAUUAUUAUUUCCGUGAAGAUUUUAGGGAAAUACAGAUAAAACCAGAGACAUUUUCGUC